UAUCAACCCAGUGGCAUCACUCAGCAUCACCCUUUGUGAGUUUUUAAAGGCCUGAAGUACAAUUGCUGCACCUUCAUCGUCUAAGACAGUCAUCCUAAUACCGUAGGUUGGACGGCAAGUAGUUUCCUUCACCGUACAACCCAGUGCCUCUGUUUUCGCGCCUGUAAAAUGAACCAGUCCGGCUACUUUGCAAAGCAUGUUUCAGAGCCUCCGUCGCCUCCCACUGCUUCCAGAGGAGAACACACUCAUAGUAGUGAUUCAGAGGCUCCGGAAAGAAAGCCACUCAUAUUCAGGCAGCCCCCUCCAGAAAUAUUACUGGAUAUACUAGAAUUUGCGCUUCCUCCUACAGUCUUUCUGGAUGCAUCCCUGGCUUGCGGACCUUUGUCUGCUUGGUGUCUGGCGCAACGAACUAAGAAAUCUUUAGUUCUUGUCUGCAAGUUUUGGCGGAAGAUCAGCACCCCUUUGUUAUAUCGGGAAAUACAUCUUCGCCGCAUCGGACAGGUCGCGGCCCUCCUCAAUACUUUGCAGGGCAAUGGGCGACUUGGCGAGAUGAUUGUGGAUAUCAAUAUCUCUUGCCACGUAAUGCCCCAGUACUUUUUGAUGUUCGAUGAAGCCCUUCUGCGCAUCUUGGGGAUGAGCCCCAACGCUACGCGAUUAUCUCUAAGUAUGGAUGUCCCUGACGCGUCAAUGUCCUCUAUGCGCCAGUAUGACCUCUCAAAGGUAGCCCAUCUCGCCGUUGGAAACGAGAUACGUUUGUCCGAUGUUCUUCCGUGCCUUCCGCAGUGCAAAAAUCUCACCAUCCUGUCUUUGUUCCUUGAUACCUACAACAAAGAUGCCGUCGAUUUUCUUACCCUCGAACACCUCAAGGAAUUUCAGAUUACCGUAAUGUGGUCCUCCCGCCACAAAUUAGACUUCCUUGAUGCAAUCGCUCAGAAGUGGAAAUUACCUCGCCUUUGCCGUUUCACGCUGUAUGAAUGGCGACCCCAACCACGUCAAGUCUCACAGUACAUCAAAUUUUUGGAUGCACACGGAAAGCGCUUGACGACACUGUCCAUCACUGCUCCACUCGACCGCGCCCAGCGCGCCGAUGAACCUCUUCUGUGCAUGGGACAAGUUCGGUCGGUUCUAGACCGCUGCCCCGCCCUGGAGCACCUUGCAUUAUUCCCGCCUAUGACGGAACUCCCAGGCUCAACCCAUGAACCUCUUCUGGACAUACAACAUAUCCAAAUGCUCCUUGACCGCUGUUCUGCCCUGGAGCACAACUCACCUAUGCAUGGGAUACCUUUGUACAACAAUUUGCGAUGGAUAGAUAUUUGGGCGACGUGGCAUCCCUUCGCCCCUAAUCCCGAUGCCAUACCGGUAUCGUGGAAGUCCCAGUGCUUUCCGCAACUCCAAGCCAUCAGGUUAUUGGACUGGGCACUUCUCAGAACUACGGGGCCACGCCUCCACCUCGUCAUUCCUCCCCACUCGGUGCAACGCCAAGAGACCUUGGAGUGGUGUUUUCCAGGGGUCCACGUGCAAUAUGAUGCAGGGCACAUAUACAAACGGGACAUGGAUUAUGUCACGUCUUUCGGGGCCGCCUGUGUUGGUCAUGAAUCGUUCCGAGACAUAGCCAACGGUGGCGUUGAUUCAAUGUCAGAGGAAUCUGACUACGACAGUGAUGACGGAACUUUCAUGAGCGUCUCCACGGCAUCAUAUUCAGCAUAUGACAGCGAAGAGGGAGAUCUGGAAACUCUUGAUUACGAUGAUCCUGACUCGGAGAGAGACGAAACAACCGUAGAUCUCGACACAGCAUUGCAGAUUUACCGGGGCAUUUUGGACACAGAAUAUUCACGUCAAUAGAUGUCUGUGAACUUCACGCCUUGUGACGGACAUCGAUCACUUUCUCAUUGUAGGAUCAUCCGUACAUAUGCCUUCUACCUCAAUAAAUAAAUAGAAUUUUCAUCUGUAAGAUGAAACUACGAUACUUUUACCAGAGUAAAGAGAUGGUGCGAUAUGCGAUCUACGCAUGGCCAAGCACUAAAAACCACUGACAUGUGAACAGGUAAACAGGUGUACUAAGAUGUGUGGGUCCAUAAACCUCCCAGACCAAAAAAUGAAUGAAAUGAAAAGUGGAGCGAUUAAAACAAGGUUUCCUAACGCAACAAUGUAAGCGAAUGAGAACUUUGACGGUAGCAUUUGUGAGCUUACCUCGUCUCUUAGGUAUUCACCAACGUCAGCUUGGUGAAAGACGAUUAUGGC